AAAAACUAUUGAAAUACCGACAACUUUUUUUCUUUUUCUUUCCUUUCAAUUUUAUUUCCCCUCCCUUCCUCCUCUUUCUUUUUUUUUUUAAUUUUUUUUUUUUUUUUUUUUGUGGAGAAGAGUGAGAGUGUGUGUAAUUGUUUGUGUGUAUAAUUAUAAUCAUAAUAAAAAUAAAACCAGAUGGACACAGAAGAAUAUCAUUUGAUUGAACGUAUUAUACAAGCCAGCCCUAAUAAAAUUAAUUUGGGACAUCGUGCUCGACGUGAACUUCCCCUAAGAAGGGUCAUUUUAGCAUCCAGAACGCUGGAAAUGGCUCAACUUGAGCAAAAUAGGGUGUUGAUGGCCGAAGCAGAAAGCAUUCGAUUUGACCACCAACAACAAGAACAGUGGGAUGAUUGGUGGUUCACCUGUAAUGACAAUAAUAGUAACAUGAAUCAUGUAGAUCUCGUACCUUCUGCUCUACUUGAUCCAAAUACUUUAUUAGAUACAGGCAUUAUUGACUUUGAAUCUUCACCUUUAUUUACUGCCAGUAGCAGCAAUAACACCACCAUUACCAACAACAACACCGCCAUUAUAAACAACAACACUAGCAGCAGCAACAGCAACAUCAUCAGCAGCAGCAGUAGUAGUAGUAGCACUGCUAUACCCACUACCUCCUUUGAAGACAUCGAUGUGGGUGAUUGGUCAUGGCUCAAGGAGGAUAAGAUUCUCGAGCCUAUUUCUGCCAGUGUCUUAUUAUCUCAUAUCAAUUAUGAUGAAGACGAAUCGGAAUCUGAAGAGGAUGAACUAGUUGUAGUCCUUGUAAAUAAACAGCAACAGGAUCCCAAUUGGGUCACGAUUAUACCACAAAAACGUAGUCGACAAGACGAACAAGACAUUCAUCUACCACCUCGUAAAAAGAUUAGUACAUAAAAUAUCAAUCAUAAUCAACACAUCUUUUUUUUUUUCUUUCUUGUACAUAAUAGCAAUAAAAAAAAAAGAGUCUCUUUUAUUUUUAAA